UCCUGGGAAUUGCUGGCCCUACGCUGAGAGCAGCUGAUCACAUGAGCCUGAAUUUUCAGUUCAGUUCAUUAGUCAGCCAUUUUGGUCAACACCCUGCUUACUGCGCACAACCAAUCCUAUCGGCACUCGCUGCCCUGGCUUAGCUGGGAAGAAAGGCACCAGCAGUUUGAUUUCAGCAAACCUGGAUAUCUGUCUCCGCAUUGUUCCUCCGUUUUUGCUUGGGUAGUCAUCGAAGGGAGCCAUUCUUUUUCCUCUUUCUUCUGUUUGGGGUUUUUUUUUCCUCCUUUUUAUAUUUUUUUAUCUUUUCUUCCCCUCCUGCCUUUGAUGCAGAAGCCAGGUUUUUUGUGCUUGUUUAGGAUCAGUAGCCUCCAGCAUAGCUGAAGACAACGACAAUUGGUGGAAAGGAGGGAGGAAGAGACGAGUGUGAAGGAGCAGCGUUUUUACCUUGCUUUAUAUAUGAAAGGGCCAGAGCAGUCUCUGUGAUUCUGAGCAUUAUCUGUCCUUUCAUAGCAAGGUAUUUAUUUUCUUCUUCAGAAAGCUUUUCUUUUUAGUUCCUAUUUUUUCUCUCCCCAUUUUUUCUCUCCCCGGUUGUUGUACCAGCUGAGUCAUCAUGUCUGCUCUGACGCCUCAAAGCGACAUGCCAACCCCCACCACAGACAAGAUCACUCAGGCUGCCAUGGAGACCAUCUAUCUUUGCAAAUUCCGAGUGUCGAUGGAUGGAGAGUGGCUCUGCUUGCGCGAGCUGGACGACAUCUCGCUGACACCCGACCCGGAGCCUACCCACGAAGAUCCUAAUUAUCUCAUGGCUAAUGAACGCAUGAACCUGAUGAACAUGGCGAAACUGAGUAUCAAGGGGUUGAUUGAAUCAGCACUUAAUCUGGGCAGGACGCUGGACUCAGACUAUGCACCUCUUCAGCAGUUCUUUGUUGUGAUGGAACAUUGCCUUAAACACGGCUUGAAAGCCAAAAAGACUUUUCUUGGGCAAAAUAAGUCCUUUUGGGGACCUCUAGAGCUAGUAGAAAAACUUGUUCCUGAGGCUGCAGAGAUUACAGCAAGUGUUAAGGAUCUUCCAGGCCUGAAGACACCUGUGGGUAGAGGAAGAGCUUGGCUUCGCCUGGCUCUAAUGCAGAAGAAACUUUCAGAAUACAUGAAAGCCUUGAUUAACAGAAAGGAUCUUCUCAGCGAGUUUUAUGAGCCUAAUGCACUGAUGAUGGAGGAAGAAGGCGCCAUCAUUGCUGGCCUCCUCGUAGGCUUGAACGUCAUCGAUGCAAACUUCUGCAUGAAAGGGGAAGACCUGGACUCACAGGUUGGAGUUAUUGACUUCUCAAUGUAUUUGAAAGAUGGGAACAGCACAAAAGGCAGUGAAGGAGAUGGUCAGAUAACUGCUAUUUUGGACCAGAAAAACUAUGUAGAAGAACUCAACAGACAUUUAAGUGCUACAGUAAACAACCUGCAAGCCAAGGUGGAUGCCUUAGAAAAAUCCAACACCAAGCUGACCGAAGAGCUUGCAGUUGCAAACAACAGGAUUAUUACACUGCAAGAAGAGAUGGAACGGGUUAAAGAAGAAAGUUCUUACAUCUUAGAGUCCAAUCGUAAGGUCACUAAAGACAGAACUGCUGAUGGACAAGCACUGACUGAGGCACGAAAACAGUUAAAGGAGGAGACUCAGCUGCGGCUGGAUGUGGAGAAAGAGCUGGAGGUGCAGAUUGGGAUGCGACAGGAGAUGGAGCUAGCUAUGAAGAUGCUGGAGAAAGAUGUUUGUGAGAAGCAAGAUGCACUGGUGGCACUCAGACAGCAGCUGGAUGAUCUCAGGGCCCUAAAACAUGAACUGUCUUUCAAGCUGCAGAGUUCAGACAUGGGAGUGAAACAGAAGAGUGAAUUAAACAGCCGUUUGGAAGAAAAAACAAAUCAGAUGGCUGCCACCAUCAAACAGCUUGAACAAAGAUUGCGACAGGCAGAGAAGGACCGUCAGUUGGCCCAGCAGGACAACCGGCUCUUCAAGCAGGAGUUUGGGGACAAAAUCAACAGCCUCCAGCUGGAAGUGGAAGAGCUCUCCAGGCAACGGAGCCACCUUGAACUGGAACUGAAGCGGGAAAGAGACAGAUGGUCCCACAGCCAGCAACACAGCCAAGAGAACAAAAAAAGCACAAGGAAUUGGCUAAGACAGGAUGGGAAGCUCAAAAUCCAGGAAGAAAAUGCUAAACUGAAACAGCCACUGAGAGAGGAAAACAGUGCCCUGCCACACAAGUUACCAAGCGGCACACAGGAAGAGCAGGAAGAGCUGCUGGGACCUGGAAGUGCUGAGAUCUGCCAGCUCUGCCAGGAGGAAAGCAGCCAAAGCAGGAAAAAGAACAUCUGCAAGAACUGUGGUGGCAUCUUCUGUGAAGCUUGUUCGAUGAAUGAGCUGCCCCUCCCAUCCAGCAUCAACCCCGAGCACGUCUGCAACCCCUGUCACCAGCAGCUCAUCCAGCAGUAUUCGAGCAGCCCCUUGUAGGAGGCAGCUUGCACAGAGAGCUGACAGAAAAAAAAGUUGUAGCUAAUGAUGGUUUCUGGAGUUGUUCAGGGACAAUGUGACAAGAAGACACUUGCCUGUGUUCUUUGGAGGUCAGGGAGGAAGCAGCUUCAUGGUGUUCACAUCCUCUUGUGAAUAAAAUGAUAGUCUGAGCCUUCCCCCUACAGAAAUCUGCCUGCUCUCAGCUUGUGCUGGGGAGAACUGCUUUGGGAGUGCCACACGAAGCAGCCCCUAGGUUUGCCCCAGUAACCUUGGGGCACAGUGAGAACAAUCUCUCCCCAGAAGGAGCUCUGUGUGUGCAUACGCAAGCUGGGGGCAUUCCUGUCCUCAGCAUGUGGUGUGAAAGCUGUGCUGAGCUGCUGAGCAGAGGCUUUGUGAAAGCACAACAGGAGCACUUUCAGUCCUCAUGUCUGGCUGCACUUGAAAUACCAUUUCCCCUUUCCCGCUUGCCUUUGACAAUCUGGCUGCCCCGGUGCUGCUGUGACACUGACAAGAUGCCAAGAAACACGCUGGAGCUUUGUUUCUGGGGCUCAGCCUGUGGGCUUGCUAUGCACAUUAGUGAUGAAAAAUCCAACACAGCUGUGACAAUUCUCCUGUAUUUUUGGGGUGGAGUGGGGGUGUGUAGGUGGUCUUGAGGCGUGCACAGUAAGAGAGCUGAUGUCCUGCACUCAUCUGGCACAGAAGUGCCAUAAGGCAUCUCUGAGCUUCCUCUUGGAGCCGCUGGGGAGCACACCCCAGCGGCCACAGCCAAGGCUGUAACCCGUCUUCUGAUCUUGGUGCAACAACGGGAGGAAUUGGAUUCCCAAAUACUUAAAUACCAGAUCCUCAUGACACAGGUUUAGGGCCACUUUGACCCCCUUUUGCCUUGGUGCACGUGGAAAAGUCAUCUUAACAAACCUGGCCUUUCCCUUUUUCCCUGGGUUAGACCAAAAUGAAGGUGAGAUGACAUCAGAAUCUUUUCACUUGCUAGAAACCCUACUUGGAAACGUAAAGAGGUUUCCCAGUCACACUGUCACUCGUUGCUGUUGCCUUGAGGAAUGUUUCUCCCAAAAGCAGGGUUGGCUCCCUGAUGAAGUACACAGGAUGUCACAGUAGCAGUUGGUCUGCUUUAUACUGGAAACCUACUUCAGUCCCAAGACCACAGAAUGUUUUGUAGUUCACAGAAGACUGAUGUAUUUAUAUGUGACAAAUGCAUUUAGGUUUUGUAUGAAUUUUGUUCAGGGUUAGUGCUCUAAUUCCUCAGAGAGAGGUCUCUAUUCCUUAGAUUGAUUGGAACCCUAUUAAAAUGCGUGUCAGAGAUGAGGUUAUUGACAUGGUUGGUGCUAGUUUGUACCAGGAACUCCUCUCUUCUAGUUCCCUCUAGGCCUUGGUUGUGUCCAGCCCAUGUUCCCCAGCUCCUCUGUGUGCUCCCAGAGCCCGUCACAGGGGGGCAACCCGAGUUUUUCCUUUUCUGCUGUGGGAUUCCCCCUCAUGGUCGUUUUCUUGCUGCUGUCCCUGGAGUAGAGUAGUGGUUGUAAACAGUGUUGAAACAUGCAAAGCCUCAGUUGUGGUGUGGGCAGGUCAUGCUGGAGGCCGAGACCCGAGGGCUGAAUGGAGGAUACUGAACGGUUUUGUGUACUCACCAGUGAGCUUUCAAAUUCCUGCAAUCCCAAACUCAUCCCCCAGGAGAGAGAUGUGAGCAGUUUCUAUGUUAGAGGGUUAAACGGACACUAGGCCCUUCCUGGCAGUUAUUUUCAGGCCAGUAUUCCAACGUUCUGCAGCUUUGUGAGCUAUGCCCAGCAGUGGCCCUAGUGCCUGCUCCACAGGAAGGCUUUUGCUGGAGCUCCUGUGAAAAGGACAGCUCAAGGAACUGCUCUCGACCCAGAGAGAUCUACCCUCCCACAGGGAGGUGGCUGGUACCAGCGCUGGCAGCUGUAAUGGGAGCGGGCAUGUGGCAGGGUCGGGGCGAGCUGCCCUGCUGCCAGGGCUCCAUGGCACCGCAGCUCCAGGGAAGCUCGCUGCCUGGCAGCACCCAAUGCUGUGCUUCGGGCUGCUGCCCACGGCCGGGAUGCUCAGGAGCUGUUUGUGGGUGUGACUCCUGGACAUUUGCAUGGAGGGAGCAGAGGGUGAGUUUGCUGAUGUUGAUUUU